CUUUUUCUUUCUUCCCGCUGCAGCCACUCGAAAGAAAAAGAAAGGGAACCCGACAGCCAUGCUUGAGGAAAUCGGUAGAGAGCUUGAUUUUUCCCUUCUUUUCUUGUCCAAGAACCUGAUUUGGAACCCAGAAAUCUCUCCCCCUGCAGGAAGCUUCCGGAUCUGCGCUGUCCUUCCUCCCCUGUCCGCCGGCUGCUCUUGCUUGUGGGGUGUGAUUUGCUCCGGUUUUGGAUCCGUGAGUUUCUCCCCUGCACUUGCCGCCGGCCUCCUCCCCAAUCUGCACCCCGGUUCUGCAGCUUGUAAAUUCUGGUAUGUGACAGCCUUUUAAGGCUUAAAUUAUCCAUUUAAAGUUGCUGCUUGUGAUGUCCGAAUUUGACAGAAAAUUGGGGAUAAUUCUAGUAGCUUUAGGACCAUGAUUAAGCACUAAUUCAAGUGGGAUUUAUGUGAUUGAGUGUUAAUUGCUUGUUGUGAUUUUUGGAGAGAAAAUCCCAUGAGAUUAGCUAGUGUUUUGGCCAAUUUGUGGAAGUCGGAGUUACUGUUCACAUCGGGGUUUCCGAUCGUUCUGUCAGUUAGUACGUGAAUUGAGUGCUCGGUUUUAUGCAAGUGAGGUAAGUAAAUUUAUGGUAAUGCCCGUACUGUUUUAUAAG